ACUGAAUCAAUUCACUCUUCUAUUACAUUUACCCUAACAACCACACCUACACAGCCACCACCAAAAUGACCACCUCCACACCCACUCCCCAAAAGAAAAAACUAAUCCUCAACGCCUUCGCCAUGCAAUCCCCCAGCCACCUCAACCCGGGCCUCCACCGCCACCCCCGCGACCAAGGCCGCCACUACACCUCCCUCACGCACUGGACCAAACUCGCCCAAAAACUCGAAUCCGCCAAAUUCCACGCCAUCUUCUUCGCCGACGUGCUCGGCGGGUACGACGUCUACAAAGGUCCCUCAAAUCUAACCCCCACUAUCCCCGCAGGGGCCCAAUUCCCCAUCAACGAUCCACUAUACAGUAUCCCUGCUUUGGCUGCCGCUACUGAGACGAUAUCCUUUGGUGUGACUGCGUCCACGACCUACGAUGCACCAUACGCCAUGGCGAGACGGUUCUCCACGGUCGAUCAUUUGAGUAAUGGUCGGGUGGGGUGGAAUAUUGUGACUUCGUAUUUGGAGUCCGCGGCGAGGAAUUUCGGGCUGAAUACCCAGGUUGAGCAUGAUGAGAGGUAUCGCAUUGCUGAUGAGUAUUUGGAUGUGGUUUAUAAGCUUUGGGAGGGGUCGUGGAGGGAUGGAGCUGUCACUGAGGAAGGGGAGAGGGAUGGGGUAAAAGGGUAUGCGGAUCCGAAGGGGGUCAGGGAGAUUGGGCAUAAAGGGAAGUAUUUCUCUGUUCCUGGGCCGCAUCUGUGUGAGCCGAGUGUGCAACGCACCCCGUUUUUGUUGCAGGCGGGGACGUCCACUGCCGGGAAGGCGUUCGCGGCGAAGCAUGCCGAGGCGAUAUUUCUGAAUGGGCAGACGCCGGAGUUGGUGCGGCCGUCGGUGGAUAGUGUUCGGGAGCAGGCGAGGGGGUUAGGGCGGGAUGCGGCGGAGAUUAAGAUUGUGGCGGGGGUGUUGGUGAUUGUUGGGGCGACGGAUGAGGAUGCGAAGAGGAAGUUCGAGGAGUAUACGAGGUUUGGGGAUCAGGAGGGGGCGUUGGCGUUGUUUGGGGGGUGGUCGGGGUAUGAUUUGAGUAAGUAUGAUGAGGAGCAGGAUUUUCGGUUUGUGGAACAGCCGGCUGUGAGGAGUAUGGUGAAUCAUUGGGCGAGUACGGUGCCGGGGAUGGAGGGGAAGAAGUGGAAUAAGAGGACGAUUGCGGAGUAUUUGAUUCUAGGGGGGAAUGGGGCCAAGAUUAUUGGGGGCCCGGAGACGGUGGCGGAUGAGUUGGAGAGGUGGGUGCAGGUGGCGGAUGUGGAUGGGUUUAAUCUGAGUUAUGCGAGUGUGCCGGAGACGUUUGAUGAUAUUAUUCAGUUUUUGGUGCCCGAGUUGCAGAGGAGAGGGAUUUUUCAUACCGAGUAUGAGGUCCCUGGGGGGACGAUGAGGGAGAAUAUCACCGGGGUGAAGGGGAAGACGAGGUUGGAUGAGUCGCAUCCGGGGGCGAGGUAUGUCUGGAGAGAGGGGGAGGAGGUGCCUGGGUAUGCGAAGUGAUUGGAAAGGAAUUGAUGCUGUCGGUGUUUAGGGUAGGUAGAGAAUUCAUGUUUUAUAGUGAUGAUUGUCUUGUCCGCAUG